CUACCCACAAAUCUUUGUGGCGAUGGAGGCCCAGUAUUCUAAUAACAAAACACCCAUCUUGUUUGUAAUCAUUUUAGCCACCUCGGCAAUAGGCCAAGGUACACGAGUUGGAUUCUACCGGACCACAUGCCCAAGGGCAGAAAUCAUCGUGCAGUCUGUGGUCCAGUCAUUCGUCAACUCCAACACCACAAUUGCACCUGGUUUAUUAAGAAUGUUCUUCCAUGAUUGCUUUGUCCGUGGCUGUGAUGCAUCUAUCCUGUUAGAUGGGUCUUAUGGUGAAAAAACUGCACCUCCUAAUAACCGAUUGAGAGGCUUUGAAGUCAUCGAUGCAGCAAAGUCCCAACUCGAAACCAUCUGUCCGGGGGUGGUCUCCUGUGCUGACAUUCUUGCCCUCGCUGCUCGUGAUUCUGUGGUGCAAAGUGGGGGAUUCUGGUGGGAAGUGCGUACAGGUCGCAGAGAUGGAUUAGUUUCGCGGAAAUCAGAUGCUACAAACUUGCCUGGUAGAAAGGACUCCAUUGAAGUUCAAAUUAAAAAGUUCGCUGAGAAAGGACUUAACAUUCAAGAUCUAGUAACCCUUACUGGUAAGUUGAGUACAAAACAUACUACAACAGUAUAUGGUCAUAACAUAACAAAUGGAACUGACCUAGUAAUUAAAAAAUCCAUGGAUGUGUUUAUGGGUUUCCAUGAUCACCCAGGAGGGCAUACGAUUGGAACAGCAGCCUGUGAAUUAUUCUGUUACAGGUUAUACAAUUUCAAUAGCACCAAUGGACCCGAUCCAGCUAUCAACCAAACGUUCCUUCCCCAUCUUAGAAGUCUGUGUCCAGAGGGUGGCGAUGAUGCAAACCGCGUCGACCUAGAUACAGGCAGUGUACACAAAUUUGACAUUUCAUACUAUGAAAACCUAAAGAACGGGAGGGGAAUACUUGAAUCAGACUCACAGCUAUGGAAUGACCCACGAACGCAAAGGUUUGUGGAAUGGUUUCUUGGAGGGAGUAGAGAGCAACAAUCAAAAUUCAGUGUCGAGUUCGGGAAAUCUAUGGUGAGGUUGGGUGAUGUUGGGGUGAAGACUGGGGAUGAGGGAGAGAUUCGUAGGGUCUGUUACGCAAUUAAUUGAUCAUUGAUGGAUGCGCCGAUUAAAUCAACAUGUGUUGUAUAGACAUGUCAUAUGUUGAUUUUAGUAUUUCAUUGAAUUACGAGAACUUCUUUCGUAGGGUUGGAUUUCAUUGCAUGUGAACACGCUAUAUAUAGCAUGGAUAUACGAUAAUAACCUUUUGUACUUUUAGGAAUAAGAGUUGGACCUCCUCAAUUAAGAUACUCGAUGGGGCUAGCUAUUUGAGUAUUGGUAAUUAAGCAAUUGUAAUAGAUGAAAAAAGUAAUAUUGGAAUUCUGUUUCAGCUAUCCACGAGAUUAAUGACCAUAUUAUGGGGUCAUAUAUACUCGUCUGACCCUCAUUUCAUCUCUUAUACAAAGAAACCACCAUCUUGGCAAUUA